GUCAUCAUGUGUUAUGUCAGUCAGCUGGUCAUUUACAUGCUGCCGUAUGAUAGUUUGUGUGUGCGUUCAGUUCACGAGCAACAAGAAAGUUGCACAACAGACUUAAAAGAUGUUUGCUGAAGAUGCUUUUAAAGAACUUUGCUCUGUUAGGAAAGCCUCAAAUGUGUGAGUUACACAGACGGGAAGAGUUCAUCACAUGCUUUGUCAAAUCUCUGAUAAAAGCACAGUUUUAUGGAACAUUGUGAUGUAUUUAUUAUUAUUAUUUAUUUGUUCCGGAGUGAUUCUUGACAAGGGGUGGUAACACAUCUUUUGGAGGACCGAGUCAUGCUUUAACGUACAAAAUCAGUCAUGGAGGAGCUGGAUCCGGAGGAGCAGUUCCUCAGGGAUGCCAGGAACGGGAACCUAGAAGGCAUCCAGAGGCUUCUCAUGUGCAAGAUAAAGGAGGAGGCCAACAUCGACAUCAACUGCAAGGGCAAGAGCAAAUCAAAUCAUGGCUGGACACCGCUUCAUCUGGCCUGUUAUUUUGGACACAGAGAUGUUGUUGAAGCAUUACUGAAGGCUGGAGCUGAUGCCAAUUUGCCAAAUAAUGUUGGAGAUACACCACUCCAUAAAGCAGCAUUCACAGGGAGAAAAGAGGUUGUGAUGUUGCUCCUUCAGCAUGACGCUUGUGCUUCGGUUAUCAAUGGGAUGGCGCAGAUUCCUAAAGACAUUACACAGAGUGCCGAGAUUAAAAGCAUGCUGGAGGCUACUGAGAGGACAGAAGAGAGGAAACUGGAGGAGCAGCUGCUGGAAGCGGCGCGAGAAGGAGCCGUAUCUACACUCACAAGACUGCUGAACUUGAAGAAACCUCCAAAUAUAAACUGCACGGAUCUGCUGGGAAACACACCACUGCAUUGCGCCGCUUACAGAGGCCAGAAACAGUGCGCUGUCAAACUUCUGCAGCACAAGGCCAAUCCUAACGUCAAGAAUAAAAACGAUCAGACUGUUUUUGACUUGACUAACGAUGCAGAAAUGAAGCAGAUCAUUGCAGGAAAUGUUGUGAAAGGCAUGACACGGCAUGUUAAAAUGUUUGAAGGGCCUCUUUGGAAGAGUUCAAGGUUUUUUGGCUGGCGCUCCUACUGGGUGGUUCUUCAAGACGGGGUCUUGUCAUGGUACCCUAAACAGACGGAUGCGGAUUCAAACACACGCCGGCAAGGUUGUAAACCACUAACACAAGCACACUGCAUGAUUAAAGCGAAAGAUAACUGCUAUUUCACGGUCAAAUGCUUUGACGACAGCGUUCACCAUUUCAAAGUGACCCAGAAGAACAACCCUGAAGAAAGCAGAAAAAUGUGGCUGGAGGCCAUCGAGGAGCAUUCGGCCUUCAGCACUCAUUACUGCUCACAGGAGCCUGACAGCGAGGAAGAGGAGGACAAUGCUGUGUCUGUGAAUGAGCUUUCUGAGUCACUUCAGCGGGCCGAGUCCUGUCACCAGAGACUGGAGAAGGAGGUGUUGAGUCUCCUGUCCAUGGUAAAAGAAGACGGCCUGGCGGAAAAAAUCCCUGUGACGGUCAUUCAGAAGCUGAAGGAUGUCUGUGAAGCCUCCAGUGAAAGCUGCUCCUCACUGCACCGGUGUCUGGAGCUCUUUUCCAGACAAGAAGGAGCGCGCAGUGUGAAACUGGAGCAGGAGGUGGAGAAGAAUAAAAUCCUGUCGGAGGCUCUGCAGACUCUGGCCACUGAACAUCAUGAGCUGGAGCAGUCGGUGGUCAAAGGCUCGUCGCCGCGUAGUGUCCUCAGCGAUGACGAGUUCUACGAUGCUCUGUCUGAUUCAGACUCGGAGCCUGUGCUGAGCGGCUUCCAGACAGACGGACACUCACACGAAGACCACGACGACUUCACGUCUGAGCUUUACUGCAGCAUCCCAGGACAACACAGUGGCAGGAUGUCCCAAGAAGAGCGUCGAGGAGAGGAAGAGGAUGAUGAAGAGGUGGCCAAUGUUAACGGAUUGAGGAAACACAGAACAAGUUUACCAGCCCCAAUGUUCUCCAGAAAUGACUUCAGUAUCUGGAGCAUCCUAAGGAAGUGCAUUGGGAUGGAGCUGUCUAAGAUCACCAUGCCAGUUAUUUUUAAUGAACCGCUCAGUUUUCUCCAAAGACUGACUGAAUAUAUGGAGCACACAUACCUCAUCCAUCAGGCUAAUUCUUCAGAAAACUCCAUUGAGAGAAUGAAGUGUGUGGCCGCGUUUGCUGUAUCGGCUGUGGCAUCUCAAUGGGAAAGGACAGGUAAACCCUUCAACCCCCUGCUAGGAGAAACGUACGAGUUAGUCAGGGAUGAUCUUGAUUUCCGGCUGAUAUCUGAACAAGUGAGCCACCAUCCUCCAAUCAGCGCCUUCCAUGCUGAGGGUUUGCAGAAGAACUUUGUGUUUCAUGGCUCCAUCUAUCCCAAACUGAAGUUUUGGGGCAAGAGCGUGGAGGCUGAACCUAAGGGCAUCAUAACUCUUGAACUUCCCAAGCAUAAUGAGGCGUACACAUGGACGAACCCCACGUGUUGUGUCCACAACAUCAUUGUGGGACAGCUGUGGAUUGAACAGUACGGCAACGUUGAGGUUAUUAACCACAGAACUGGUGAAAAAUGUUGUCUGAAUUUUAAACCAUGUGGCCUUUUUGGGAAGGAAUUACAUAAGGUUGAAGGCUACAUCUUAGAUAAGAGCAAAAAGAAAGUAUGUGUGCUGUAUGGCAAAUGGACGGAGUGCAUGUAUUUGGUCGACCCAGCAACAUUCGAAACUCACAAGAAGAAUGAUAAGAAAGCAUCAGAAGAGAAGAAAAGCAGUAAACAGUCUCAGUCAUCAGACUCUGAAGAAACACCUCAACCAGGUGGAGAUUCACUGGAGGUGAUCCCAGGAAGUCAGCUGCUUUGGAGAAUAGCACCUAGACCUGCCAACUCUGCACAGAUGUACAGCUUCACUUCAUUUGCCCUGCAACUCAAUGAGCUGGAUAAAGAGAUUGAAUCGGUCAUCCCCAAAACGGACAGCAGACUAAGGCCAGAUAUCCGAGCGAUGGAGAACGGAGACAUCGACAUGGCCAGCGAAGAGAAGAAGAGACUGGAGGAGAAACAGAGGGCGGCACGUAAGAACCGCUCCAAGUCAGAUGAUGAGUGGAAGGCGAGAAACAUCGCUUCAGGCCCCAGGUGGUUUCAUCAAGGUCCGAAUCCACACAAUGGCUCUCAGGACUGGCUGUUCUCCAAUAGCUACUGGGACCGUGAUUAUUCCCAAGUACCGGACAUAUACUGACCUGUACAAAAAUCUUGCACUGUCAUUGAUAAACUGUAUAGUAAAAACUACAUCUACUAUAACUAUUAAAACCAACUCGGCACUGGUUGGCUAGGCCAACAUUUCAAUUAUUAUAUACAGAUGAAGUCAGAAGUAUUCGGCUCCCUGUUUAUUUUUACCCCAAUUUCUGUUUAACGGAGACAUUUUUCAACACAUAUCUAAACAUUAAUAGUUUUAAUAACUGAUUUAUUUGAUCUUUGCCAUGAUGACAGUAAAUAAUAUCUGACUAGAUCAUUUUCAAGACACUUCUAUACAGCUUAAAGUGACAUUUAAAGGCUUAACUAGGGGAAUUAGGUUAACUAGGCAGGUUAGGGUAAUUAGGCAAGUAAUACUAAUAAUAAUUCUGACUUCAACUGUAUAGUUUGUUAAGCAAGAGCUGUUUUAAAUUCACCCAGAGCUGAUUUUAGUUUUUACAAAUGUUCAUAUUUAAAUAAACAUGCAACAAUCAAGGAUUUUUAGGAAUUGCAGAUUGUGACAUAUGAUGAUGAGGAUUACAUCAAGCUGGCCUUAAUAUACCAUAGCAAUAUCAGGGUACUGUAAUGGCAAUAAUAUGCUAUUUUAGUCCGACGAGAAAAUGAAAUAAGGAUUUAACAAUGGUAGAUUUAAGGUGUCCAGCAAGACUCAGGUCUGAGACCAUUUUGUUUUCUGUUUACUAAAUUUAGAAAGUUCAUACAUUCCUUCCAUACUGUGAUAAAAAACCUGACAGGUUCUAAAAAUGACUGUUACAUUUAAAUGUUAACUUUUAAUAUGCAAAUUCACACUUCAAAGUCUCUAUUUACAAUUCAGUAUUGGGAUAGUGCAUUCCUGCUGCUUUGUUGUGAUGUUGAUUUAAAGAGUUCACAUGUUGACUAAUAAAUUGUUAUAUUAUUUAAUAAUAUAACAAUCUUACUUUAUGUAUUUAUUUGGAGUCUGUUAUUCGUCUGUUUUUUUUAAGUUGGUCUUGAACAGGAACAUUGAGCUUUCGGUUGAUGAGUUCUACUUUUAACCCUAUAUGAAUUUACAUUGUGUUUGAGAGUGUUACAUGUUGUUGAGUGUAUAUUUUUUUUAGAGAUUUAUCUUAUUGAAAACAAAUAUGCCUACAGGUGUCUAACAGAAUAGAUCUGUACAGAAAAGACUUUAAAGGGACAGUUCACUGAAAAUGUUCAUUUACUGACACUCACCUGGUUCCAAACCAUUAUUUUGGAUGUUGGAAUGUUGAAAACUGGUGGUCAAUAGGAAAACAAAAUGCUAUGGAAGUCAGUGGACGACAUUCUUCAGUCUUCAAAGAUGACACAUGUUUUAUUUUUGAGUGAACUGUACCUUUACACAUUGUAAUUACAUCUGAAUAAUAAAAAUACAAAUAAAAAAACGUGUUCGAUUAUUUUAUGCUGUAUAAAGUGUUUUAUAUAGUUUCAAACAAGAAAAAGAUUCAAUUUCACCCUGCUAAAAUUAUGUUUAGAAAUUGCUAACAUACUAUUUCUCUGUUUUUCGCCACUGCAAACAAAAAGUGUCUAGACUCAUGACAUUAUUUUUUAGGAUAACAGGAUUAUUUUAGGAGUAGGUUAUGAGUAGGUUACAAUAUCUCAAUUUGAGCCAUCAUACUCUGCUGCAUAACUUAUUUUCUCCAGACUCUCCAUCAUUCAUUGCAUUUUGUUUGUAAUAGCUCUACAAAUCGCCUUCGUCAUUGUGACUUUAUUCAUUUAUUAUAACCACUAAUUCAGUGAGUGAAUUAGUAAAAGUCAUUGGUGAGUAAUUUCAAACAUAAGCGGUGCAUAAAUACAAGCAUUUUUAUAGUGGGUAAAUUUGAACUGCUUAUAGGUGUAAUCGUCCCACUUUUUAACCUAUUUAUAUCUAACUUUUAAUAUCUGGGAAUUGUAAAUAAGGCAUUUUUAGUAAAAGUCAAUGACUUGGAGGCUUGAAUGUUUUAUUGAAAGUCUGUUAUGUACAUUUGAAAAACAGUGAUGGUUAAAAUUGACGCCAUAGCAGUUCAGUGUUUUAUCAUUUACAUUAAAAUUUUCUUGCAAUUUGACUUUAUUAAUUUAAAUAACACAAAAUGUCUUAAUUCAAAGAACACACCGAACUCACGCAGCAUGUUUAAUGGCAAGUUUCGUUAUUUUAUUAAUUACAUUUCCUAAUUCUAUUGUCCUCACAAGGUUUAAAUACCCUGAACAUCCAAUAUUGAUACGUUUCACAGUGAAGACAGGAUUUGAGCUUCAGAUCGGUGGAGAAUCAUGUACAGUAGUGAAUAAAGCCCAUCGGAGGGACAGACGCAUUACAUCGACGGGGCUGAGGAAAUCAGAAGGUGCAAGUUCCACAACAAUUUCACAAUAUAUACACCAACUUAAUUUCUUUCAAGUUAUUCAGAGGCAACAUUAUCAAAAAAAAA